UGACGUUUAACUUUAUUGAAAAUUCUGAGUUUUAUGACAGAUACUUUUUAACUUCAGCGAAUAGGAAUAAAACUUGAAACUACCUAUUUAAAUUUGACUAAUUUAAAUAAUUACCAUGUUAAUUCGUAAAAGCAGAUACAUUUUAUAGACUUACAGGAUUUGAAUUACCUAUCAUGAAAGUGAUAUGUCCAAAAUAGUCAUUUUUUCUUGUUUCAUCAAGUAUCUAAUUACUUUUAACACUUAACUAUUGUUUUCAAUUAAAUAUAUAACAAGGACUUCUUCACGGCGAUGGAGUCUAAUUGGAUCAAGGUGUCAGCAAGUUUAAGCAAUGGUCUAGCAAUCUUAAAUGAGUUGGAAGACACAAAGUUUGAACAAUUUCUGAAACGAAUUGUUAUGAAAUUAAAAGCCCAAGAAACAGAUAAUAUUUUUAGUGAAGAUGAGAGAAGAAAAUUAGAAAAAAUCUUUAAAGUUGAAUCAGAUCAACUUUUAUUAGCAAUAAAAACUAUUAUUUACAUGUUCAAAAAGAUUUUUAAAUAUAUAUUCAUGCCAUCUGAUUUAAAAAUUGAUUUGACAAAGUUUGGUUUAAAAGGAGAGAAAGCAGAUAAAUUUGUAAAAAUAUGGUCAGCAGAAACAAAUAACACUCUCACUGAGUUGACUAAUAAAGGUGACCAGUUUGAUGAUGAUCCUGAUUUUUCUUGGAAAUUAAAUGCAGAAAUAAGCUCUAUUUAUCAUAAAAAAUGUAAAGUGCCAAAAGCUUACUUAAAAAUAAAUGGUGUCAAAAAUGACUUGGAGGUUGAGUUAACACACCCCGAACUUCAAUCAAUAUUCCUUCAAAUUGAAUCAAUACAAACUGAAUUAGAUAAUUUAAUACUACCUUAAAAUGAUGUGGAAUUGGACAUUUUAUUAGGUAUUAUUAUAAAUGUCUAUUUUGUAGUUAGAGUGCCUUCAAUAUUAAUAGGUAAAUGAAAAUAAAGUAUAUUUUUAACAA